GUCGCGAGCCGAAGCCGCGCGGGCUUGUGAGGAGCGGCCUGGUACGCGCGCUGGACCGGUGACGGAGGCGGAAGGACACGGAAGCCGCCGGAGUCGAGGCCAGAGUCGAGGCCAGAGUCGAGGCCAGAGCGGGAGUCGCUGGUGCUGAGGGGCCGCCGCAGUCGCCGCGAGGCCCUGGACCGUCACCAGGCCGAGGAGGGCGCCGCGCGGCGGGUCUACUACCCACAAGCCCCUGGCUUGAGGGGUUUGCUACAUAUGACCCUCUCCUCUUGAGUGGAGACAUCCUACCACCUUCGCCCCACCACCUGUUCUCCAAGACUUGGCAAGAUGACCCAGUUCCUGCCGCCCAACCUUCUGGCCCUCUUUGCUCCCCGUGACCCCAUCCCAUACCUACCACCGUUGGAGAAACUGCCACAUGAGAAACACCACAAUCAACCUUACUGUGGCAUUGCGCCCUACAUCCGAGAGUUUGAGGACCCUCGAGAUGCUCCUCCCCCAACUCGAGCUGAAACCCGGGAGGAACGCAUGGAGAGAAAGAGACGAGAAAAGAUUGAGCGGCGACAGCAAGAAGUGGAGACAGAGCUAAAAAUGUGGGACCCUCACAAUGAUCCCAAUGCUCAGGGUGAUGCCUUCAAGACGCUCUUUGUGGCCAGAGUGAACUAUGAUACAACAGAAUCCAAGCUCCGGAGAGAGUUUGAGGUGUACGGACCCAUCAAAAGAAUACAUAUGGUCUACAGUAAGCGCUCAGGAAAGCCCCGAGGCUAUGCCUUCAUUGAGUAUGAACAUGAACGAGACAUGCAUUCCGCUUACAAGCACGCAGACGGCAAGAAGAUUGAUGGCAGGAGAGUCCUUGUGGAUGUGGAAAGGGGCCGAACCGUGAAGGGCUGGAGGCCCCGGCGACUAGGAGGUGGCCUAGGUGGCACCAGAAGAGGGGGGGCCGAUGUGAACAUCAGGCAUUCCGGCCGCGACGAUACGUCCCGUUACGAUGAGAGGCCGGGCCCCUCCCCGCUUCCGCACAGGGACCGGGACCGGGACCGCGAGCGGGAGCGCAGGGAGCGAAGCCGCGAGCGAGACAAGGAGCGGGAAAGGCGACGCUCCCGCUCUCGGGACCGGAGGCGGCGCUCCCGGAGUCGGGACAAGGAGGAGCGGCGGCGCUCCAGGGAGCGUAGCAAGGACAAGGACCGGGACCGGAAGCGGCGGAGCAGCCGGAGCCGAGAGCGGGCGCGACGGGAGCGGGAGCGCAAGGAGGAGCUGCGAGGUGGCGGAGGUGGGGGCGACAUAGCGGAGCCCUCCGAGGCUGGUGACGCGCCUCCUGAUGACGGGCCGACCGGGGAGCUGGGGCCUGACGGACCUGAUGGUCCAGAGGAAAAGGGCCGGGAUCGUGACCGAGAACGUCGUCGGAGCCACCGGAGCGAAAGGGAGCGUCGCCGGGACCGCGACCGGGACCGGGAUCGCGAGCACAAGCGGGGGGAGCGGGGUGGUGAACGGGGCAGGGAUGAGGCCCGAGGUGGGGGUGGCGGUGGCCAGGACAACGGGCUAGAGGGUCUGGGCAACGAGGGCCGAGACAUGUACAUGGAGUCUGAGGGAGGUGACGGGUAUCUUGCUCCAGAGAACGGGUAUUUGAUGGAGGCUGCACCGGAGUGAAGAGGGCCUCCCUGGUUUUGUUUGGACGUGUUCCUACCCACCCCCUUGCUGUCAUUCUCUCCCUGUCUCCUUGGCCACCACCUAAGUUUGCAAGCCAAGGGUAGGAGUCUUCUUGUUUGUUCCUGGCUCCUUGGAUUUAAAAAUAAAAUAAAUUUCCUGUUGAUAAUGGG